CUCUCCAGCUAGUAGUGUAUCAAGUACCCGGAGAAUAAAGUAAAUGCUUUGGAGCAAAACCUUGAUCAGUUUUCAUUCUCCAAUGUUUAAUAUUUUUCGAACACGAAUCACAAAAUGAAUAUUUAAACAGAAAAUGAUUCUCUUUCUAUCAUUCAUCAUAUACGUGUCUGUUGGGACAGAAGGAAGGAUGUGUUACACUUGUUCGAAUUUAAAGCUUAAUCAAACAUGUCCUAAAGAUGCUGUCAAAACUAAUGUCAGUGAUGUAUUUUCGUGCGUACUCUGGAGAACUAGAAACGAUGCUAAGGAGGAGAAUAAUUCAAAACUUUUGAGACAAACCUUUUUAUAUGAUAAUGAAUGUUUGAAAACUGAAAGAUGGAAGGAUUUCAUGAAAAGAAGGUAUAAUGUGCAAGGUGAGAUGGAAUGUUGUAAAACUGAUCUAUGCAACACCCUGGAGAUAAGUCCUGUUUCCUCCGCCAGUAAUUCUACCCACCCGGAUAGAAACUAUGUAUCCGGGUGCUCUAAAAGGUUUAGAUUAAAUGGAACGGAGUCUCUAGUUCCAUCUCAUUUUAUAGCAAUGAAUGAUGAUUUAACCCCUCCUAUGGAGUCUGUGUCUCUUGAGCUAAGAAAGAAAAGGGAAACUACUCCGACUGGAGAAGGAAGCAGAGUAAAAAGAGAUAUUAACCAACCAGGAGCAACCUUAACAUCGAACCAGUCUCAGGUUGGAAAAGAUACUCCCUCCUACAGACUCAACUCCGUUCAACUUAUUCUUGGAGACGAGGAGAAAAUAUUUGAAUUUGUAACCUCGCCAUCUACAACAAGGAGCCUUAAUAGUAGUGUUCAAGGAAUAACGAUCCCACCAAGUCAAGUUUCUCCUGUGAAUGAGUCAAACCAAAGUACAGCUCCGUUCUCCUUGACCACUCAGUUUCCAUUAUCUUCACCUACCCUGGGUUUAGCUCCAGGUUUUGUAUUUGCACCGGGAGAAACCAAGAUAAACUUCAACUCAUCCGAUGGAUUAAACAAGUUUACUCAACUUGUAAAUGCGUCUCAAACCGUUCCUCCGUCCGGACUAGGUUCAGUUGCUUCUUUGACAGUUCCGGGUACAAACCUAACCAGCAGCAAACAAAACUUAUCAGUUAUUUCUCCCGUUUUAUCAUUCGGUUCUGUCCCACAACAAACUCAAGCAUUGAAUCCAGUAUCAGUUCCAGCUCCAAGGCCUGUGUUAAAUCUAGCUCCUGAUCUAGUUUCAAACUUAGUUCCAGUUUCAAAUUUAGCUCCAGGACCACCUCUGCCUAUAUCUCCCAUUCCAGCUCCAGUUCAACCUCCGUAUCUAGCGACAGACUCUGAUCCAGACAAACUCCAAAAUCCUGCUUUACUUCUAGAAACCAACCAAACCCUAGGCCAGGAAAAUAUUCUCCCAACCACAACCAACCGGACUGUAAAAGCUCAAACUGCACAAAAUGGGUCUCUCCUAGGUGAAGUCAGGGAAUUGGAUGUUCAGGAGAUUCUUUCCCGACAUGAACCUGCAUUAAUAGAUGCAAAUAAACCUGUAUUACUAAACUCUAGUACUCCAGGUGUUUACUCCACAACCGUCACCUACCCGCUAAACGGUACACAGGUCAAUGGAAUGAUGAUACUUGAAACAAACAAUACCUUCUCAAAACAGAACUCAAAUUCUGGUUUACCAUCAGUUCCUCCUGCAUUUAACCCAAGCUCUAAACUCACAUCAGAUAACAGUACUGCACAGCUACCCACCACGGCUAACUUAACUAACGACAACCCAACAACUUCAAUCAGCAAUUUGCUUGCAACCAACAGCUCUUUAUUGAAAACUGUCAAUAGCACAGGUAACAUGUUGUUGUCAAACAGCAGUGUCCCUUUUCCUCAGAAUAUAGACAACACCGUAAUACCAUUGAACAACAACACAAAUCAAUUAAACAACAGUAUUGGACAAGCCAAAAAUUCCACUGUUCCCUUAAUCAACAACUCGGUGCCCGUUAGUAACGAAUUACUGCCCCAAUCCAAUAUUAGCGUGCCAGCAAUCUUCCAACAACCGUCAUUGAACCCAAACAAUACAAAUAUCACUUCUCCAGUGAACGGGUUUAAAGGCAAGAAAGCUAAUAUCUCCAGCAGUACCUCAGAACUGACAAACCUUACUUCACCAAUGGAACCAACCAACCUGGAGAUAAAUAAUUCUUCGGAGAUAGAAUCCCACAACAAGCUUCUUAUUUUCUACGUCAAGUUUGAAAAUAAAACUGCAAAUAACAACGUGGUUUUAAGAUUAUUGGAUGGUAACCUGGAUCCUACUAAACUCUACAGUGUGAGGAUAGAACAGAACGGACCUGUUGCUAAUCUCAUGGUCAAGGUGUCUACUGACGAAGAUAAAGGAUUUGGAUCUGCGUCUUCCAGCUUAUUCUUCAAGGAGGAUCUAGAACCUUUACAGUUAGACGAAUAUACUGGAUUCUGGAUCCGGACCGUGAACUCAAGUGUAGAGCUAGGACGGAUACAAUCAAACCAAGGCAUAACGAUGAACAAACCUAUUGUCAGAUGGUCUGACUCAAGUAACCUGGUAGAUGUUCACUAUGUAGGGUUUACAGGAGGAGGAUCAGGGGGAGUAGUUCUAGAAUAUGCUUGUAAUACAACUCAGUUAGGAGUUGGUGGGGUGGAGCAAGGAGCAAGUUCUAAACUCUCCGAACCUUAAGCGGAUCUGUGGUGAGAGGAAACCACAGCUUAGUAGAUUAUAUCCAGGUUCUAAAUAAAUAUAAAUACUCUCUGCAAAGUAGAAUUCUAGUUUAGUCCUUCUUUUCAGGAUAUUUAUAUCUGUGCUCGAAAAAAUAUCAUAAAGUUCGUUAGAAAGGUUACCCCCAUGUUAUCCCAAAGUUGCUGGAAAGUAUGUUCUCACUUUUGUUCGAAAGAAUAACUUUCUUUGGCUGGAGUCCUAAUCAAAGCUUGGAAAAAUAUUCUUUCCAACUCAUAUUUCUUUGUUUUCCAAAUUGAAUUUCAUGAUAUGUUUUUAAACGUGUUUUUUUGUCUAAAUUUGAAUUUAAAAAUGUUGUAAAUAAACGUUCAGUUUGUGUA